AAAGAGGUUUGGUCUCUUCUCCUAAAAUAUUUUCCCCUUUCUUGUUCCUAAACGUUUCCUAAUUUGAUUCCUCCAUCCGGACACGCUAAAUCCUUUUCUUUCUGGGUUUCUCAAUUUCAUUUUCUUUCUCAAUUUUCCAUUAAAAAAACACAAAAUUUCUGCUUCCUUAACGAUUCAGCUUAACUACUCACAGUUCGAUCGCUGAUUCUUUCCUCAGGGUUUUUCAAAAAUUCAAUUUCUUUGCUUUGAUCAAAGCUUUAAUCUUCACAAAAAUCAGAAAAUUGGAAGCAAUCUCAGGCGUAUAGAUAUUGAAUUGGACAAGGGUAACGAGUUAUGAGGAAAAACGGCGACGUUUCUCCGAAGCCGACAACUUCCGACGGAGGAGUUGUGUCUCGAUCAGCUCGGACCUCGUUCCGUGCUCUGUUUCGUGUCAUUUCCUCUGGCGCCUCCACCGUCGCUCGCUCCGCCGCAUCCGCCGCUUCUUCCGCCGUUAACCGUGACGUUGAAUCUCUUCACGAUCAGGUACUAUGGGCGGGUUUUGAUAAGCUGGAGAAAGAAGACGGCGACACACGGAGAGUUCUCUUACUUGCGUUUCACUCCGGUUUCCAAAUUUGGGAUGUUGAAGAAACGGAUAACGUUCAUGUUAUUGUCUCUUCCCACGAUGGACAAGCGUCAUUCAUGCAAAUGCUACCAAACCCUAUAACAUCGGAGGAGUUUGACGAUAGGUUCUCCGAGAGCCGUCCGCUUUUGGCUGUCUGUGGUGACAGUUCUUGGGAAGAGCAGAGCGUUUCCGACAGCCCUGGAAGCGAAGCCGUAGUGGUUCCUACGAACGUGCAUGUGUACUCGUUAAAGUCUCAGUCUUAUGUCCAUACGUUGAGGUUCCGGUCUGUUAUCUAUACCGUUAGGUGUAGUUCUCGGAUUGUUGCUGUCCUACAAGCAUCUCAGAUACAUUGUUUUGACGCUAAGACAUUGGUGAAGGAGUACAUGAUUGUCACUAACUCAAUAGCCUAUGGCUCCUUGGGUGUUGGAUACGGUCCUCUCGCCGUUGGUCCACGGUGGAUUGCUUAUAGCGGAAGCCGUGUCGCUGACUCAACUUCCACGCUUUUCAAUCCGGAACUCAUCACACUGUCAUCGUCACCGAGUGUUGCGCAGUUUGCAAGAGAAUCUAGCAGGCAGAUCGCUUCUGGGAUCGUGACUCUUGGUGACAAAGGGUACAAGUCGUUCUCUAGGUACUGCUCGGAGGUUCUGCCUAAUCCGUAUAUUCCUGGUUUGAAAGGCAUUGGUGUUGCUAAUGACAAUGUGGUAGACGCAGAUAGCGUAGGAAUGGUUAUAAUCAAAGAUAUUAUAAGCAAAAGCGUUAUAACGCAGUUUAAGGCACACAAGAGUCCUAUUUCAGCUUUGAGCUUUGAUCCAAGCGGCAUGCUUUUGGUGACUGCUUCCAUUCAGGGACACAAUAUUAAUGUCUUCAGGAUAAUGCCGAGAGCCUCUACAAGUGCAAGUAGUGAUGCGUCUUUUGUGCAUCUGUUCAGACUCCAGCGUGGAUUUACUAAUGCGGUGAUUCAAGACAUCAGUUUCAGCAAUGACAGCAGUUUGAUAGCCAUUAGCUCUUCAAGAGGGACAAGUCAUCUGUUUGAGAUUAAUCCCGACGGAGAAGUAAACGCUCCUAUUCCUCUAUCAGCGGUUAAUAGGAUAAGAAGUGGAAACAUCAGCGGAUGGAUGGGAACAAUGAGCGGUGCUGCAGCUGCAGCAGCUGGAAUGGUUGGAGGCUCUCUUCCUGGUGCAACCGCAUCAGCUUUCUGUUACUCCGUUGAACAGAAUAAGAACAACCUCCUCUAUGGCUCUUCUCCUGCUUCUGAUAAUAGCUUAAAGAGGAAUCUUCUGGUGUUUGCUCCUUCUGGAUGUAUGACUCAGUAUGCGUUAAAGGCAAAUCAGGUUGGGGAUGGUGGUCAUGAGAUGGCAGGGUUUGAUUUUGAGUCUGGUUCAGAGACUGAAGGGAAAGUGGCGGUUGAGCCAAUAAGAAGGUGGUCCAUGAUCCAGAACCAAUCUAGAAGAGAGAUGCAAGAUCAACACAGUGAUGUAUAUGGAGGUGGGGCAAGUUCGGAUUCUAAGAGUAAAGUGUUUCCGGAGAUCGUUAGGAAGCAGAGUGCUGAUGAGUCUUGGAAAGUUACUAAGAGAGGAAAGGCUCGUGUGGAGGAUAAGCAUCAGAUGUACAUGUCUGAAGCAGAACUGCAAAUGUAUGAGCCAACUCAGUUACCAUUAUGGGGAAGGAGAAAUUUUAGGUUUAAAGAGUGGGUGUUGGAUGUGGAUGAAGAGAGUAAUGGCGGUGGAGGAGGGGAGAUGGAGAUUGAAGGAAUCCAAACAAGAACGGUUGAAGCAAGGACAAGAGGUUUGGUUCCAGUGUGGGGUUAUCUCCAGUCUUCAAAACCCCAACAAGUGAUGAGAGAAUCAUUCCAGAGUUCAAGGAACACUACACAAGGUGAUCAGGUGACUCCUCUAGAGGGUCAUGGAACAGAGACCGAGUUCGGAGUUGUACAUGGCAAGGAAGAGAACUUGAGAUCAGAAGAAGAGAGCGUGAGGUCUGAAGAAGGGAGCUCGAUAUCAGAAGAAGAGACCUAAAGCACGCCUGGAGAUAAUGAAGGUAUUGCAAAGGAGUUGGAAUAGAAGGUGAUGUUGUUAUUCGUUUAUUUAUUUCACCACAAAUUCAGCUUCAAGUUCAACAUACAGAUUUUAGCAAAAAAAAAAAGUUCAACAUACAGAAAGACCAAACAUAACUGUGGAAAAAUUGUAUAGAAAAAGGAAAAGAAAAAAAAAUUGACAUAUUGUUUAGAUGUAAAUAGGAAUAUACUUUUCUUUUUGUUA